AUGGGUCCAGGGCAAAGCUCUGUAGUUCCACCAGCAGACGUAGUUCAGCUCUUUGAAUUGUUGCUAAAACCUAGUGUGCAGGACUACAUGCAGGCCGUUGUAAAACAAUUCAAGUCUGGACAGUCUGAAAGCUGUGUGAACUCCCAGAUGGUAGACAAAUCAUAUGAAACUUUGGACCAGGAGAUCAGGAUGCCUACUUUGACUACACAAACAUGGACUCCAUACACAAACUACACACAGCCACCCCCAUGGUCCGCACAUGACACUUACAUAUCAGAGCAAACACCACAGACAACACUUAAUACACCAACACUCAAAACACCAACAAAGCAAAGUACAACACGCAACACACACUUUCAACAUUUCACAACUUUACAGGAUAACAAUGUCAUCUCAACUCCUCAGAGCUUUAUCACAACCCACAAUAUUCAACCACGGUACACACACAUUCAGUCUUUACAGAACACAAACACAGAUCCAUUGAGUAUCACAAAUGUGCUUCCAUUUCAAAAUGCAGUCACUCAGUCAGUACAAGACACAAAUACACUUUCAUUUCAAAACACAGUCACACAAUCAGUACAGAACAUGACCUUGUCACCUCAGAGCACCACAUCUCCUGUGAUUUCGCAACAAAAUACCCUGCCAACUACUCCAAGGAGAUCUCCGAGAAAACAUGCCUCAACACCAGAGGAUUCUGAUAGCCAGAUGACAAAACUCCUGGCUCAUCACAGCUUGAAAGUGAGGAGAGAAUCUCUAAGGAAGGCCAAAGAUGCCGCCAAAAAGGCCCAUCCCACCAAAAUGGCCUUUACUAUGACGGCCAAACUUCUACCGGCCAUAUUUUCCUGGGAGGAGUUGGCAUCUAGCAGGGGUCAAGGAAUCAAAUCCAAAGAAGGGGACCUGAGACCUGUUUUGGAUAACUCCAAAAUGGACGUCUUAAAGGAAUAUAUAGCCAUCUGGUGUAAUCAGAAUGGUGGGUCAUUUUCUGAGAAGAGUGUAAAUGACGCAGUGACAGAGCAGGUGUCGUAUGCCAGGAAAAAGAUUAAAAGCAAAGCGACAAAAAACUGAGGAUCAUAAGAGGACUAAUUUCAUGUGAACUCUUGCUGAAUACAAGUAAAAGAUUUCUUUCAGCUGAUUUAAAAGCCAAUUUAAAAGUUUGAAAUAGACAGUAAUAGUUUAACUUUUGAAGUCAGAUGUAACUUUAAAUAAGUUAAUAAAUAAUGUACUAACGUUAUGUUUUACUUCAUUGUU